AAUUAUACUGUUGCCACUACUCGGAUUUUAUCCAACUUACUACAAAGCUAUUUUAUAAUUGCACCCACAACACCGACGUUUAAUAUUAGCUAAUAAGAAGUGAUAUUUUUUUUAUUGUUUAAAUAAGAAAAUUUAAUGAGUUGUAAGUAAUUCCAACUAUCACAUUAGGUAACCGAUUUUUUCAGUAAAUUUUUUAAUCGCAACUUUGUACCAUAUGUUGUUUUUUUAUAUUUAUUAAAAACAAAUUAUUAAAAAUAGCAAUGUUCACAGGUUUAUUCUUUCUCAAUAUAACAUCGGUGACAGCGACAGCGCAGUCAACAGCGGCAGUGACAUUAGCUCGAAAAAGAAGUGAAUAGAAGGCAGCGACGUCGACGACGAAAGCAACAACAGAAAAAUUUAUUGAGCAGAGGAAAACUGACUGUAUUAUUUUGUAUGUUUAUACUCUUUAAACACUAACAACGGCCCGUAUACCAAUCUGCACUUCUUCGCGACAAUUUUAAUAAAAUAAUUAACAUGUUUUUCGGAUUUUUAUAAUGUAUAAAAGCGAAAAAAGCGAUUAAAAUGACACACCAAGAAAUCUGCUCGAAAAUUACUCGACUGCCGAAAAUGACUAACUGAGUUGCCAGCUUCAGUACUGAUACACACUUUGUAGUGGAGACUAAAAUUUAUGUUCAUAUGUUGCUAAAUUAUUACAACACUUUUAAACGACUUAGAAACAUUACAUAUUAUAUCUACUAUUUUAUUCUUACAUGAUGUAAAAAUAUUGUAUUACAUAUUAUAAAUAAAUCAAAUUUAAAUGUAUUGUUGUUAUCACACCUAAUCGCGGCCAACUCGUAUAACCAAGAAACAGCACAGCCAAGUUUGGAGAGAAAUGUCAAAUUGAACAGCUGAUCCAGUUAGUUUGUUGAGACGCUAUACGAAAGAAUAGUAAUUUUAAAUCGUUGGAAUAAAUAAUAAUAAUAAAGUAGAAAUGGCACCUAAUCCUUUAGACAAAAUACACGCAUUAGAUGAAAUAGAACAAGAAAUUAUAAUGUGUCUACAAAGUGCAGGUCAGGCGUUGCAGGAACUUAGCAAGGAAAAAUCUUCGCAAAAAAGUGCAGAAACCCAAACGCAGCAAUUUAUCAGAUCAUUAUCCAAUGUAGAAUCAAAGUUAAGCGAGCAGAUAAAUUAUUUAACACAGGUCUCUACGGGACAACCGCAUGAAGGUUCAGGAUAUGCCUCUGCAAAAGUUCUACAAAUGGCUUGGCAUAGAAUACAACAUGCACGCUCUAGAGUGCGUGAGCUAGAAGAGUCUAAGGCGAAAUAUACACAUGCUGCUCGACAACAACAACAACAGCGGCAACAGCAACAUGCACAGCAGUUAGCGCAGCAACAGCAACAAAUGGCUCAGCAACAGCUUCAACAAAGUCACGACAAUUCUAUUAAUCCAGGAAUGUCUAAUGCUGGUGCAACACAAAUGGGACAACAAGCUCCAAAUUAAGGCCAAAUUAUAAAUCAUUAAAUUACUCUGUGUUAAGCACCUACUAUAAGAAUUUAUUAAAAAUAAAAUUUGGUUUGUAUGAUUUUGUACAAGUUUACUAA